AAACUGCGCCAGUGGGGGUUGUCUAGAAAUUUCAGUGCAAAAGAGAAGGCGAAAGCGGCCAAAGAUAUCAGACAGCUCUCGGUUAAAGGUCAAAAGCUUCCCACAGCCGUCAUGGUGGGAGGCAGAAGGCUCCCAAUUGGCCGUGUCGAACGUCAAGUACGACACGAUCCAGAAUAUUUAACCACGUUCGUGCGGAGGAAAUACAAGCCACGGGUUUCAGCUCCUCGACCGUCUCUGAAAGGAGCUGGUCAUGAUCUCGACACAGAGCGAAUCCUCCUAGAAAUCACGUAUUACUAUCCCACCGUUCUCACGCGAGGCUACUCGCCUCAGCACGAUCGCGCUCCUUGCACCGAUAUAAUUAUGCAAAGGAUACCUGCGGCCAAGCAGCUACUCAAGCGAGGCUUUUCUGCAGCCGCGUGGAAAGAGGUAGCGAUUGCUUGCGAUGUGGUCCACCGGGUCUUUCGUGGGCAGACCAUAGAACUCCUCCCGGAUCUCUUCGUGCUCUUCAUGAGUAAUUCUUGGACAAAUCAUAAAGCUCUGUACGGCGUGAUCAUUAAAUACUUUGCUCACGUGGCGAAGAUCGCCAUGGGCGAACAGCAUCCAAUAUCCAAUAUUCUCACCAUGAUGCAGAGCCGUGAGAAUUGGGAUAGGACGGGGGAAGUCGUCCUUGGAGCAAUGCUGGACCUUAUGAAGACUAGAAAGAAGGAUAUGGGUCCUAUCCGGCUUCAGAACAUGUAUAGACUCGAGACACAGUAUUUAGAUCGUGUGAAGCAAAGUGUUGGCCUAGAGGCUCGCCGGAAACUGCAGGAGGAAAAGCUUGCAGAGUGGCAGGGGCGUCUUGGUCCACGAAACCAGCAUGCUCUCGGCAUGAAGCACGAGCUUGUUGUUACUUAUGAACGACUAAGCCUCUUAGACAAAGCUGAGGCGUACUUGGACGAGAUUGUCAGCCAGGGUAGAGUCUUUGCUGAUGAUGCCAGCCUAUUCGGCGUCUACCCUCUUGCCGCAAACGAACUAGCAAAAUACCAUUUCCGAAAGAGCCGGUACGCUGAUGCGGAAGAGGUCUUGAACCUUGCUGCAUCCUGGCUCGAAAACAGGCAGGUUGCAGAGCGGUACAUUUGCGUGGAGGUUGGAGAACAGCUCGCUGCGCUCGACUGGAUGAAAGAAAAGGGUCUGAUU